AUUACAUCCAUCUUAUUCAUAACUUGUUAAUCAAUCAUCUCCUCAUACUAAAAUGAAGACCAAGUUCAUCAAGUCCUGCGAAAAGAAACUGAAGAAGAUGACAGGAAAAGUUACAACACCUUGUAAGUUUUGCGAAAGAAUUUGCUGGGGGUUCAAGAGUGAAGCUGAGGUGAUACCAAAAGAUGUCCCCAAGGGACACUUAGCUGUCUAUGUGGGUGAGGAGUCCAUGAGGUUUGUGAUAAAGAUCAGCUUGCUCGCACAUCCACUCUUCAAGGCGCUGCUGGAUCAAGCACAGGAUGCUUAUGGUUUCAGUGCCGACUCCAGACUAUGGCUUCCAUGCGAUGUGAGCACUUUCCUCGAUGUUGUUCGUUGCGCUGGUUCUCCACAAUAUCAGAACAGUUGCAUGUGUCUCUAAGGAAGGAUCUUGUAGAUGGAACUCAAGGCAUUCUUUUAUUUCCACAGAGUGUUGUUAAUGCUAAGCUAUUUCAGUAUACUAAUAAUGUAAAACCUUUUGUAUUGAAUGUUAUCAGCUAGGGAAGCUGUAAACGCUAUUUAGAUUAUGUAUCAUCACUU